AGAACAGGUACGAUCACCUCCAUCUUGCUUCCUCUUUUUCAUAUAUCCUUCAAAUCCUUUAACUGAGUCUACAACGCUCACUCAAACCAUGAGCGGUCUCAUCAACCCAGCAUGCACUGGUCUUAUCGGCUCUGGAUGUGUUGUCCACGUCCCAUCCUUCUUUGCAGAAUUAGACGCGUUACAGGCUCAAGGUCUCGACUGUGCCGGCCGCCUUUUCGUUUCUGACCGCGCUCAAUUAGUUUUUGACUUCCACCAAAUCGUAGAUGGACUAAAGGAAGUUGAACUAGGCGGUAGUAGCAUUGGAACCACCAAGAAAGGCAUUGGUCCAACCUAUUCCGGCAAAGCCUCGCGAUCUGGCCUUCGGGUUCACCAUCUAUACGAUCAUGGAACUUUCGCCCAGAAGUUCAGAAAGCUCGUUGAGGGUCGUUUCAAGCGUUACGGCCAUUUCGAGUACGACACCGAAGGUGAAAUUUUGCGUUACAAGGACCUAGCUGAACGCCUUCGCCCAUAUGUCAUCGACAGCGUUGUUUACAUCCACCAUGCCAUCGCAAGUGGGAAGAAUAUUCUCGUCGAAGGCGCGAACGCAUUGAUGCUGGACAUCGAUUACGGGACCUAUCCCUAUGUCACAUCGUCUUCGACUGGCAUUGGGGGUGUGAUCACAGGCCUUGGUAUCCCGCCUAGACUAAUCGGCCGCACUAUUGGAGUUGUUAAAGCAUACACCACUCGUGUUGGAGGUGGACCCUUCCCUACUGAGCAGCUUAACGAUAUCGGAAAUUACCUCCAAGAAGUUGGUCGAGAAUACGGGGUUACAACUGGUCGAAGAAGGCGGUGUGGAUGGCUCGACCUUGUUGUUAUGAAACAUUCGUGUUUGAUCAACGGCUAUGACCGUCUCAACUUGACUAAACUCGAUAUCCUCGAUGACCUGUCCGAGAUCAAGGUGGCAGUCAAAUAUUCUGUCGAUGGGAAGGAGCUCCCCGGAUUCCCAGCUUCUCUCGAGCUUCUGGAACAUGUCGAAGUGGAAUAUGUCACACUUCCUGGGUGGAAAAGCUCUAUAGCAUCUGCCACCAAGUUCGAUGAACUUCCAGAAAAUUGCCGGAAAUAUGUCGCCUUUAUUGAAGAAUACUUGCAGGUACCUGUAGAGUGGAUUGGAGUAGGACCAGGAAGAGAAAGUAUGGUACACAAGCAAGUAAAAUAACCUAUAGAAUGUGUGCUCAGUCCCUAUGUAUGCUGAAGAACAGAAUUUCAAUUUUUGGCGGAAGUUUCC